GUGAGGCUCUCUCCCCCGCGCCCGGGACCCAGACCCCGGACCUGGGAAAGUGUCUUCGCGGAGAUUCGAGGAGCGGGCGGAACCCGCAAACUGGGAGACCCCCUCCUUUAGCGUCAAGCCCAGUGACACUUUCCCUGGUUUGGAAGAGGACACACGACCCCGUUGCCUUUUCUCUGGCGGCCUGCUAGCAGAUGGAGAAGCAUGGCACAAGUUUGAUGGCUGUGUCUGCUUCCCCGAGGUCAAGAAAUUCCGUCCUUAGAAGGCGACGGUGCUAUGCAUGUUAUGAAUUGUGUCUCCUUGGUCAGCGAUAAAGGCAAUGGGAACACCGCCAUGGCGGCCGGCUUCGUGACAGGGCAGGCACCGCCCGCGCCCCCGCCGCCCCCGCCCCCGCCGCUCGGUCCGUACUCGGGGGAGGGCUUUCCUCCCUCCCCGCCCCCGCCCCCUCCACUUCCGGGGGCGCCUCCGGUGCCCCCGCCUCCUCCGGGACUACCCCCAAACUCUCACCUGAACGGCUACAGCCAGCUUGGUAAGAAAAAGCGGAUGAGAAGCUUUUAUUGGAAAACCAUUCCAGAAGAGCAAGUUCGGGGCAAAACCAACAUCUGGACCUUGGCAGCCAGCCAGCAGCAUCACUACCAGAUCGACACCAAGACGGUCGAAGAGCUGUUUGGGCAGCAGGAAGAUGCCACCAAGGCUUCCCCUUCCAGGAGGGGAGGGUCUUUAAAUUCGUCCUCCAGGGAGGCCAGAGAAGAGAUUACUCUCUUGGAUGCGAAGCGGAGCAUGAACAUUGGGAUAUUUCUUAAGCAGUUUAAGAAGUCUCCUCCGUCCAUCGUGGAAGAUAUCCAUCAAGGAAAGAGUGAACACUAUGGAUCAGAGACAUUGCGAGAAUUUCUUAAGCUUUUGCCAGAGUCAGAGGAGAUAAAGAAAUUAAAGGCAUUCAGUGGAGAUGUGGCCAAGCUGUCCCCGGCAGACUCCUUUCUGCACUGCUUAAUCCAGGUGCCAAACUAUUCCCUGCGGAUUGAAGCCAUGGUGCUAAAGAAGGAAUUUCUACCUUCUUGUUCUUCUCUAUACACAGAUAUGACGAUUCUAAGGAACGCUACAAAAGAGCUGAUGUCCUGUGAGGAAUUGCACUCCAUAUUACACUUGGUGCUACAAGCAGGGAAUAUCAUGAAUGCUGGAGGGUAUGCUGGCAAUGCAGUAGGAUUUAAACUGUCUUCUUUGCUCAGAUUGGCAGACACAAAAGCAAACAAACCUGGGAUGAAUCUCCUGCACUUUGUUGCACAGGAAGCCCAAAAGAAAGAUGCUAUGCUUCUAAAUUUUUCUGAAAAAUUGCUUCAUGUUCAGGAGGCUGCCAGAUUAUCUCUGGACAACACAGAGGUGGAGCUGCACUCGCUCUUUGUCAGGACGAAGACUCUCAAGGAGAACAUCCAGCGGGAUCGAGAGCUGUGUCAGCAGAUGGAAGAUUUCCUUCAGUUUGCCCUAGAAAAGCUGGCCGAGCUGGAGCGGCGGAAGCGAGAGCUCCAGGUCGAGGCCCACACCCUCAUCGACUUCUUCUGCGAAGACAAGGACACCGUGAAGCUAGACGAGUGCCUGCAGAUAUUCAGAGACUUCUGCGUCAGGUUCAACAAAGCAGUGAAGGACAACCACGAACGCCAGGUGCAGGAGCUGAGGCAGCGGCAGCGGCUCAAGGAGCUGGAGCAGAAGCGGCGAUCCUGGACAGCGGGGGAGUUUGGAUUCGGCCGGAGCAGCAGUGAGAAUGAUGUGGAGCUGUUGACCAAGAGGGGCGCGGAGGACCUGCCCCCGUUUCUCUGCUGCAGGCCCCCCACCACCCGCCGCUCCCGCCUCUCCCUGGACACCAUGGCCGACCGGGAGCUGCUGAACUUCCUGGAGAGCUCCAUGGGCAGCCCUGAGAAACUCAAGCCCAGCAACUCAUCCCAGGGCUGCCUCUGGCAGGUGCCACCCGACGGAGCCUGCAGGGAGCCUAGAGAACCGAGGGGCCAGGACUCCAGCCUAGCGCACAGACCUAGGGUCUUGGAGGGCCAGGAGGAAGACCCCCACCCCACCACGGCUUGGCUGAGCUGGCUCCCUGCAGCCCACCCUGAGGAUCCCACCUGCGCUCUGCGCCACCCUCGGCGCGGUGGGCUCAACACCCUCCGAAAGAGGAGCAGCGCGCAGGUGGGCAUGGAUCCUGUGAGGUCCUCGCCCCCACUCUCACCGUUGGCUCUAGGGAUUAGGGAGCAUGAGCUGGUGACCGGGCUGGCCCAGUUCGACCUCCAGGCUCCCAAGGGCCCGGAGGAGCCGGCCAGGCUGACUGGGAAUGACUGCAGCCCAAUGGAGCUGGUGUCUGUGAGGGGUGAGAGCCCACAGUCCCUGGGCGCCACCAAUAGCAGCCCGACGCCUGUGGGCAGAGGUGCCCAAGUGGGUCCCGGCCAGGGACCUGUCCCCCAGGAUGGCGGUGCAGCCCCUUAUGAGCCCAGAGGCACAGCUGCGCUCUCGGAGGGGAGCAGUGACCCUGAGCGCCAAGAUCCUGGGCCUCUGUUCUGCAUCUCCGACACCAGCGACUGCUCGCUGACCCUGGACUGCUCUGAGGGAGCCAACUCCAGACCCUUAGAGGGGGACCCGGGCGAGGCGGGCGAUGGGGAGGGCUCCAUGUCCCCCGGGGCCUGGGAGAUGGGCGGCAGUCAGGCCUCCUCCAACCCCAUCUGUAGCAUGACUGCGGAGGCUCCCGCUGCUGCCUCCACCCCCGGCUCGGGCUCCGUCUCAGAGAGGAGCGAGCGGGAGAGCUGCAAGGGCGGACCGCCCAGGGACAGGCCGGCCAGAGGGAGGGAGGCGCCAGCCCUCAGGAGGAGCUCCCCCAGAGAGGCUCAGCCGUUGGCGGGGCCGUCCCGGGCCGGGGCCGCCCGGCGGAGCGCAGGGCCGGCGGGGCCCGUGCGGCCGGCGGGGCCCGUGCGGCCGGUGAGAACGCUGACCGGCUGCGAGAACGAGAGCAUGCGCAGGGUCGUGCCCAUCUCGCGCGCUGGCCGCGCGCCCCCGGCCCCCAAGGGCAGCCCCCGCGAGGCCCCCAGCGGGCCCGACCCGCCCCCGCCCCUGGCGCGCCGCAGCUCCAUGCGGGGGACCUCGGAGGCGUCGCCAGCGAGGCCCGCGACGGCGGCGGCCCGGCCCGGGAGGGAGCCCCCCUCUCUGCUCCGGAGCUCCUUCAGGAAGCCCAGCGCCAAGCCCCUGCGCAACGUGCCGCGGCCGAAGCCCGAGGAGGACAAGGCGUGCCGCUCCGGCGCCCAGGGCCUCGAUGGCCCCGGAGAUCCGCCCUGCGCCCCGCCGGCUGCCAGCGUGCCCCGGGGCCCGGCCACGGUCCCCAGCUUCGCUCGCAACACGGUCGCUUCCUCCUCUCGAAGCCAGAGGCUCGACUCUCCCGCUCUGGCCAGAGCCCCCGGCCUCACGCGGACCAUGUCUCAGCGGCAGCUGAGAGUGAAGGGCGGCCCCGAGGACAGCGCCCCCAAGGACAGCGGUGCCCUCCGGCGGGCCGGCAGCGCCCGUACCCUGCGGAAGGGGGCCGAGUGCGCCGAGGGCCCCAGGGCCGGCGCAGAGACCCCACCGAAGGGCCGCGGGGCCGGCGAAAGGGCCUCCCUCCGGCUGAAGGAGGCCAAUCGUGCGGAGCUGGGGAAGGGGCUUCAUCCCUUACGUAAGUGAGGGGCAUCCGCCCUCCCCGCUUGCCUUUUGGGGUUCGGUUGGUGAGGACUGACUUGUGCGAAAGGCCGACCCUAAAUGUCUGUUCCACAUAGAGCCCCCCGCUGGUGCUACCUGCCAGUGCCCAUGAAGGUGUAGCCUGCUGGAGCCACAUCCCCGCUGGACCAUCGGCUCCGCAUCGGCCAGGGAGGUGGACCUGCUGAGCCCUGUCCUCCAAACACAGAGACCCGUGGACGAUUCAGACAACGUCGUUGUCUGACUCAACAUCAUCUGAUGUUCUUAGGUGACGAGUAACAAGAUUUCGGGGCCAGUUUUUAUAUAGCAGUGACAUUUUUUACUGUUAUAAAAAUUAAACGUUGUUUUAGUUGGUUCCUUUCACAGAGUGAAAUGCCUCCCAGGGGAAAAAUGAUGAAGGUAUUUUUUAUCUUCCUAGUUCCCUGGCCUCAGGGUUCCACCUGCCCGUGCUGUGCAUUGCGGGCAACUGGACUUCUGCCACAAAGCAUUUGGGUGUCCUGUGGUUGGCACCGUCUUCCUGAAGACUGUUCCUUGCUCAUCUCCACCUGCUACCUUUGGUGAGGUGAACAGGAGGGAAAGUGAAACUGAUGGACAGAAAUCUGGUGCUCCCGGUGUGUUGGGACUGUGGGGCAAGCCUCCCCUGUAGAUGGGUGGCCACCCCUGGGAGAAUGCUGGAGCUUCCAGAAUUUAGAGGUGCCAUAUUUUGAUGGAAGGUCGUCAGGACUGUUCAGCUGAGCACAUCUUUCCCGUUCUCUGUUUUCUCAUUUGAGUAUUUGUUGUAAAACUGAGUGAAGGCUGCUAUGACUUGUGUUCACUCUAGUUCCUCUAGGGAGGAAUAAACCCAGACUUUCUCCUUUGCUAAUGUGACCUGGAGCCUGGAGAGAAAGAGUCACUUUCUCUCUCCAUGAUAUUUUUAAAUGUUGAUGUCUGUUCUUUGGUACAGUGGUUUUAAAUCCUGAGAAAAACCAGGUCAAGUUUUAAAAACCAGACCAAAAUUGAAAUUGCUUUAAGAAGACUUUAUACUAUCAGGAAAAUUUUGAAGAAAAAAAAAGUAAGGCUUCAUUCAAAAGAGAAAAACAUACUACUCGGUUCCAAUUUCACUGUUUCCGUCCCAACUAGCUAAUUGGGAAGUGGGGGAAUUCUUGAAACAUUUUUAUUAUUUAAAAACUGCCCUUUCUCCCACUUUUUCACUUUUGAUCACUUAUUAGUGAAACUUUGUUUUAGAUCUGACAGCGGGAGGUGGAUUUUGGCAAAUAUAGUAAUGUAUUCCUGGUGAAUCCAUACGGUUGAUGUUACAGUCUCCCUGCUGUAGAAUGUUGCCUUCCGUCCAAAUCAAUUAGAAACUCUGAGCUUCCAUAAGUCAGCUAAACUGAAAAGGAAAACAAGGCACCUGACCACAAAACCUCUUGUAAAAAUAGCCCUGAGUAGUAUUUCCAGGGCUCCACAAAGAUGGUUGUGAGAAUCCUGAGCCAUUUUCACCAUCUCAAAAGCCUUAAAAAAAAAAUCAUGUAUUUAACCAUGCAGACAAACCUGUUUGAAACCUAGGGCCUGUGAAAGAGGUCAAAAUUUGUGGGUUUGUGGGUAGUGCCAGGGUUGUGGCUCCUUGGGGAACCCUGGAAAGCAGGGUCCAAAUCCCUGUUCCCUCACUGAUGAGGUGAGGCUUUGGCAAGUCACUCCCUCUCCUUAAGCCUCUGUUUCCCAGUCUGCAUAAGUGGGGGCAUGGCCUCUGCUGUGGUCUUCAAGGGUUCUGCCAACUCCCAGAGUCCAAGUCAUCAUGAAUAGCCAAGAACUCAUCUCUGCCGUGGGAUCAGCUUCCAGAACUAAACUCCAGCAUUUCCACAGUGGAGGUCUCACAUAAAGGCUUGCUGAGAAGAAAGCACCUUCAGAAUGAGUUGUUGCUUUGAAAUCUAAUAAGCUGAGUUUCCUGAGAAGUGGUGUUUUGCUUAGCCCUGUGGACCACUUGUAUGCAUCUGUGUGAGCAGGUGAUCAUUCUAUUACCUUUUAUUGGUAGUAAGCUUGGAAAAAUAAUUUAAAUAUAUAAUGCAGAAAUGUAAAUAAUUUUAUAUAUAAAUUUUAAGAUGAACUGAAUGUAUUUAAAGGUCCAUUUAUAUGUUUGUUCUUUUAUGUAAUGUGUAGUUUAAUAAAGUUCAUGUUUAUGAGA